UUUUCCUUGCCCUACAGUAAAGCUCUGUGUCUAGGGUUCUUGGGGGAGGCAUCGAUCGCCAAGCGCUUGCCAUGGAGGACUACGAUCGCGACGAGGGCGGGCAGCCAAUCUUCGAUCCAGACGAGGAUGCAGCUGAGGAGGAAUGGCAGCAACCCCCAAUUGAGGAUGAUUGGCAGCAACAGGAGGAAGACGAUCAGCCGCAGCGGCGAGAGGAAUCGCCGUCGUCGGCGCACGGCGGCGCUGGAUCAGACGAUGGCGAUGCCGAGGAGGCGUCCAAAUCUGAGAAACCCCGGAAGAGGCUUGUCAAGAAGAGCGCUAUUGGGCAAUCCAGCAAGGCCGGCAGGGAUGACGAGCGCAGGAAACCCAGGGAAGAAAGGAGAGAGCGAUCGUCGCGGCUUUUCAAGCAUGAUCGAGGUGGAAAGGAGAGUGAGAUGAACGAGAUGUGGAACUCGGUUGCUGGAGGGAAUGACUCCGAGGAUGACAAUGAGGGGCAGCGAACUCAAGCUGAUAUGGCUUUCAUUGACGACACUGGAGUGGAACCAGCAGCUCAUUACAUUGGCAGCGAUGAUGAAGCUGGCUCGGCCGGAGAUGCUCCACAGGCAGAAGAAGGCGAAGAGGAGGACGACUUGAAACGGAUAUUUAAGAGCGGGAAGAAACGAAAACAGGCUGGACAGACAGACGAAGAGAUUGCAGCUCUGGUGGAGCAUGUUAUUACCAAGUUAGCGAACGCGGCCGAGGAUGACAUAAAACUAAACCGGCGAUCAAAGCCUGCCAUCAACAAGCUCAAGCUGCUUCCGACGCUUGUGAACUCGCUGCAAAAACGCCAGUAUCAGAAUGAGUUCCUCGAUCGGGGUGUUCUUGGCUUGCUAAAGUCGUGGCUUGAGUCUCUUCCGGACGGUUCUCUGCCGAACAUGAACGUUCGUACCGCAAUUCUCCAGCUUCUCACGGACCUGCCAAUCGAUUUGGAGCACGAGGACAGGCGAGAGCAAUUAAAAAAGAGUGGUCUUGGAAAGGUGGUGAUGUUCUUGUCAAAGCUGGAUGAAGAAACGCCUAGCAACAAAAAGCUGGCCAAAGAUCUCGUGGAUAAAUGGAGCCGGCCACUGUUUCAGAAAAGCACUCGUUACGAGCACCUGAGGAAUUACGAUGAAGAAAGGCCUAUCGCAAGAAAGGCACAACCGAAAAAGCGAGUAAUGCGCAAUUCUGUGGAAGACGAUUUGCUGGACGAUGGAUCCGAGGAAGCAAAGCCUGGCCAGCCCGGCUACAGGAACCACGCGUCUCGUCCGGAAGCAGUGGCAAUGGACUUCGUCGUUCGUCCGCAGUCGAAAGUGGACAUGGACGAGAUACUAAACAGUCGCAAGCAGCAGCAAAAGGCCGAAACAAAGCGCUCGAAGAUGAACAAGAAGUUGCAGCAACUGAGAACUCCCAAGAAACGAAAGUUGCAAGCCGAGAGGAUCAGUGUGGAGGGACGUGGUCUCGUAAGAACUGUGUGAGUAAAGGCCUCUUCGCCUGUAACUCUGGAGACCAUCUUCUUCUCCAAAUGCAAGUUAAGGAACCAAGAUAGCUUUCUCUGUAAAGAUAAGAUGGUUUCAAAUCAUUUGAUCAACCAAAAUUUAAACCACAGAGCAUACCACUCA